GCGCACUGUGGGUUAGAUGAGAAGCAAGCACAGAGUGAAACAGAGAAGGAGGGGGUGACUGGUGUGAUUUGUUUGGUGUUCAGAGCCAAUAGAAAUCCCAGCCUGUGGUACUAUCCCCACGCAGCGCCGAGAGGACUCAGAGCUGUCUCCAGCUCCUUCCACAUCUGCAGGCACGGCCAGCACGCGCUCCGCCCUCUGCGCUCCGCUCCUCGGUUCCACACACCCCUACGCUUCCCCGGCCCCGCCGGAGCCCGGCUGCGGGCAAAGCUGCCAGCAGCCCCGGAUCCAGCUCCCACGCGGCUGUGGAUCUUGCAACUCACACAGAACCGAGGGACAGGGAGACAGACCGAGGACCCGAGGAGGCUUCCAUCCAGUCAUUGCAGGUCUGUGGAUUCUAUGAGCUAGAGAACGUGAAGAUGUGAUUUCCAGAGUCUUCUACAGUCCUGAAAGUGCUCAGAAUGUUCUGGAAGCUCUCGCUGACCCUGUUCCUGGUGGCUGUGCUGGUCAAGGUAGCCGAAGCCCGGAAGAACCGGCCAGCGGGCGCCAUCCCCUCACCCUACAAGGACGGCAGCAGCAAUAACUCGGAGAGAUGGCAGCACCAGAUCAAGGAGGUGCUGGCCUCCAGUCAGGAGGCCCUGGUGGUCACCGAGCGCAAGUACCUCAAGAGUGACUGGUGCAAGACCCAGCCGCUGCGGCAGACUGUGAGCGAGGAGGGCUGCCGCAGCCGCACCAUCUUCAACCGCUUCUGUUAUGGUCAGUGCAAUUCCUUCUACAUCCCGAGGCACGUGAAGAAGGAAGAGGAGUCCUUCCAGUCCUGCGCCUUCUGCAAGCCCCAGCGCGUCACCUCGGUAGUUGUGGAGCUGGAAUGCCCCGGUCUUGAUCCACCUUUCCGAAUCAAAAAAAUCCAGAAGGUGAAGCAGUGCAGGUGCAUGUCUGUGAACCUGAGCGACUCAGACAAGCAGUGAGCACCCUCGGUGCAGGAAGACACAGCCCAGCCUUGCAUGUGCCCUGCCCCAGCCCCCUCCCCGAGCUCACUCACACGCUGUCUGGAGUCCCCCUGUCAGCAGCAACCGGGUCUCUUGGGGCUGACAGUGUCCUUGUCACAAACGUGGACCGCAAGUGGAGGUUUGCUGAUGUGCUCCUGACGGCCACACUUGUGUCUCCAAAAACAGGCCGUGGAUCAGGCACGAUGGAAGAUGCUGGAAAACUUCUCCCAGCAACUAGAGAGGACCCUUCGGGUGAUGCACUGUCAAUCCGGCAUGGAUGUUUCCACCAUGUGGAAAAGCCUGCCUUUACCUGGCCGCAUCCUACACUCCAGCUCGACCAGCCUUCAUUUGUCUGACUCAAACUUCUGCGGGCCACAGGAGCUCUAAGGGGGUGGGCAUUCAUUUUGCUGAUCUGAGGGUUGCCCUGGGCUCUGUUGUGAUGCGGAUGUGGGCAGAGCAGGUAAAGAGGAUACACACAGUCAAGGGGUCUCGAGGUGGGGCAAGGUGAGCCAAGUGGAUCAGGAAAUGGGCUUCCCUGGGGACUGCAUUCACAGCAGGCUAGACCCUUCACACCUGCAGACACUACCACCUCCUCUUCCUUGCUCCUUAUGGCCCCCAUCUGUGGACUCAAGAUGGACUCUGGUGUGUAUGCUAUUCCUGCUGCCCUGCUGCAGUUAGCCUGUCAUCCCACACAAGAGCUGUAUUAACGUCUAUUUCAUAAUUGAUUUACAUUGUAAGGAGCUGAUCAGAGUAUUACAGACCUGUUCAUGUAUUGCUUUCACAUGUUUUGAUUCUGGCUUUGCAGCACCACUCUGAGUAGGGAGCAGAGCAGGGGAUGACCUGUGGGAAAGGUAUUUUACUAAUACUGCCUCAUCAGCAACUCACUGCCAUGCACCUGCCUUAGUUUGUCAGGGAGAUGGGACACAUCAUAGUUUUACUUUCAAUAUUAUGUCACCAAAGUUACAAGCAUUUCAGCACAGUGUAGAAAUUUGAUUAGAUCGGAAGUGUAUGCAGAGCUGGAGUAACUGGGAAGUUGUAUUUUUCAAUAUGCACAUGUGGGAUGAGACCAGAUACUGUUUUAGCUGCCAUGGCACUAAGCAAAAUAAACAUUUGCUAUUAAAAGGUGUUUAAUAAUAUAAGGAAUUGAGACACUUUGCAGGACAGUAGGGCACUAAAAAUAAAUAUAGAGACAGUAGUAACAUAGUUGAAAUGUCCCUCAGAAAAUAGCUUCCUUUCCAAAGAAUAGACUUUGAAAAAUACGAGGAAACAUUAGGUCACUUUCCAUUUUUGAUGAAUGGUUAAAGUUUGUUGUGGUCUUUUGAUAUGAGGAGAUCCAAAUAACUCAUUUUCCUUCAAAAUUAUACUCACUUUUGAUCUCUUUGCUCAACUGCCCUGGGGAGGUCUCUCUGAGAAUGACAGGUAUCAAAUCUGUUGAAUAUGAAUGAGAAGCCAUUUGUGGGAAUCACAGUACACUAAAACCUUUGGUUGGGGAUUUCAGAGUGAGUGCUUUUGCCAAAGGCAGGUUCCCUCAUAUGUAAGAGAGACCCUCCACAAGCUGCUCAGAGACUCAGGCUCUAGAGGUCCUGGGGUGACAGUGGCUCUGCAGUCUGCCACCAGGAAGAGGAAGACUGGGAUUGGCUGGGGUGGGGUGUUUCAGUGAAUCUGUUGCCUGCCACUGCAAUACAAGUUUUUAAAUUUUUGUCACUUCUGCAAUGCAGCACAGACUGUGCAGUUUUGAAAGGGGGUGUCUUAACUUCAGAGAUGGGGGUACACAAUCUGAAACCUGGAGACAGAAUGAUAGAAAAUCAGGGCAGGCUAGAACCUGAGGAUGGAGGCAAAAAAUACGCAGUAUGCCUGAGGUCAGGGCUGAAAUUUUUGCAUUUAGCAGAAAACCUUGUUAGAGUCCAUGCAGAACAUGCAGGAGAAAAGCUGUGAAGGAAGGACAUCCACAUGAUCCUAAUGGAGACUGACAGAGAGCAAUCAGAGGGGAGGGGAAAGGAGGAGCAUCUCACACUCAACUGCAAAACCAAUCCAUAUCACUUUAUUAACAGAACCCACAGAAGUAGGGGAAGAGUUAAGCUAAGAAUCCACAUAAUAUAAACGAGCACUCGCUUUGAUUCCAGUCAUGGGUGUACCAACAGUCCGUGGCUCCUCCUGGAGUUAUUGUAUGUAUAAAGUUUACCUUAUAAUGGCUCAAAUUGUAUUUAAUUUUUUGUUUUGUUUAUAAAUGAAGAAAAGCUAUAAGUAUAAUGUAAUUAUUUUAUAGGUAUACUAUUAAGUUAUAGAACAAAUAAAGAUACUCUAGGAUUAAAUGUGAUCCUGGUGUGACAUGCCAUAAAAGCGGAAUUCUCCACUUAUGUCCAUGGGUAGCAAAAUGGUUCUGUGUGCUCAGAGUCCAUUUCUCUGACCCCAUGAGUUCAGCCCUGGCUUAUGUCACAAACUCUCCCUGAGGGCUUGACAUCUUCUAGUUGAACAAGCAGAGCUGGUGGGGACGGUUUUUAGUCCUGGUUUUUAGGAGCUCCAAGCCUCUCCCAAAACGUUCACCAGCAGAAUAGAGGAUAUAUUUAGUUCUCAGAAUAAGGAAACCUGGAUGAGGAAGCUUUAAGGAAAGGCUGCAAGGGGCAGCCCACAGUAAAUCUCAUCUCUCUUGCGGCCAGGGCACUGCACUUGUGUCUUACCUAAGCCAGAAUUGUCCUGAGUUCUAACUUUGUAUUUACUUCUCACAGCUUUCACCAUUUCUUUAUUUAAAUACUUCUCAGUUUCUUCAUUUUCCUACAAAUUGAACUAUCUGCCACUAAGAAAUGCAAUGAUCAAUAAAAAUAAAAAUAUAUAAAAUUA